UCACUUCAACUUCGCCACAAGAAAUAAAGCCAUUAUACGAGUUUCAGGCGUGAAACGACGUGGCAUUGGUCCUAUCGCUUACCGCCUCAUAAAAAUGGCGAAAGUGGACCAAAGAGAGUUAUUAAGAGUUGCAGAAGAUUUUGUUGAUGAGGUGUUGCGACAUGGGAAGCAUAUUCUCCCUACACUUGCCCGACUCUGUCUGGUCAGUACUUUUAUUGAAGAUGGAAUUCGAAUGUUCAUGCAGUGGGGAGAACAAAGAGAUUACAUGAAUGUUUCGUGGGGCAUUGGAUGGUUUCUAGGAUCAGCCUUUGUGUUCAUCAACUUAGUUGGACAACUGAGUGGAUCUGCACUGGUCUUGGCUCGUUUCAAAGUUGAUGCAGCAUGCGGUGUGCUUUUUUUCAUAGUCUUCUUACAGACUCUUGCCUAUAGUAUUUUAUGGGAUCUUCACUUCUUGUUUAGGAACUUGUCUCUUGUAGGAGCUCUUCUAUUGCUCAUUGCUGAAAGUAGAGUUGAGGGAAGAAGUCUGUUUGCUGGAAUACCGACAUUAGGAGAGAACAAGCCAAAGAAUUACCUCCAACUCAUGGGCCGAAUUCUUCUGGUUUUCAUGUUCAUCACUGUUCUGAGACUGGAGCUCAGUUUUCUUCAGGUCAUUCAGAAUAUUGUGGCAUCAGCACUCAUGGUUCUAGUCACUGUGGGGUACAAAACUAAAUUGUCUGCUUUAGUUUUAGUAUUGUGGCUGACAUGUGUGAACUUUUAUGUCAAUGCCUUUUGGACAUUGCCAGCAUACAAGCCCAUGAGAGAUUUCCUUAAAUAUGACUUUUUUCAAACACUUUCUGUUAUCGGCGGAUUGCUUAUGGUUGUUUAUUUAGGUCCUGGUGGAGUUAGUAUGGAUGAGCACAAGAAAAGGUGGUGAUUUUGUAACUACGUCACAUUUCAUUUCCUUGUUCUCACUGUGUUUCAAAGGUGUCUAAAUAAACAUUUUUUGAGGAAUUUUACAUUUUUAAAAUUGUAAUACUUUGAUUUUAUAUCAUGAAGUGCAUCAGACAAAAAUCAUUUCUUUGUAUGUACUCGCUGCACAUUUAAUGAUCAUAUUUUAUAUUAGUCAGUUCCUAUUUUGACUGUCAAGUUUUAAAUUGUUUAUGAUGUUUUAACUUCAUCUUCUUUUAAAACGUUAAGUAUUUACUUUCAUUGCAUACAUAAAACAUAUUCUACAUAGUAUUUCGACUGUAAUUAAUAUUUGCAUUUCCGUUAAAUUGUUUUUUUCUAAAAGAAAAUUUCAUUCAAAUGUUUUUAGUGAAUAUUCAGGUUAAAACCUUUCUCAAAAUGAUUGAAUGAUCGAAAAAAAAGCUACUGCUGUGAAAACACUUAUGUGUACAAAUAUUUAUGAAAAUGUCUACUUUUAGUUUCCUUUUUUCGCUGAAAUUUCAUUAAAUUUUUUAUUUUAACCAAAAAGUCAUUUCAAUUUUGUCUUUCAGUUUUUGUUUCUCUCAAUUGUUAUAAUUUUUUUUUUAAUUUAUAUAUUUUGAAAAUUGCAUUUAUUAUUUUUAUUGCCAUCCAAGUACUUGCGUUGUGCACAAAUCAAUCUUUUUCGUCCUUUCUUUUAAAGCAAAUAUUUAUGACACAUAAAAAUUUGGGAAACAUUUAAGGCAUAAACCACUGUAUUUAAUACUUAAAAGGAUAUGAACACCAUGCGUUAUGUUAUGUAUGCACUUUUUUAAAUAUCAAAAUUUCAGACCAAAUAUGUAACAAAAAAGAAACAAAGCAAAAUCCUUUGAAAGUCAGUAAUGUCUUUAGCUAAAAGCAGUAUUGUAAAGUAAUGACUAUACAUUUAACACAGGGUUCCCAUUAGAGUUUAAAAAAUGGGCGAGAAAAUCUCACUCAGUUUGAAUUAAAAGUUGAGAUUUUUAAAAAUUAGUUUUUUAUUUUUAAUUUGACAAAAUUUUCCAACGGUUAAAGGCAUAAUGGUUCCCCACCCUAUUUUUGAAUUGGUGAAUUUUACUACAAGAUUCAUAUUGAAAGUAUGAGAGAAAAUUCGUACUUCAGGCAUUCACACACUUUCUAUAGAUAAAAAAUAUUGAACUUAUAACAAUUUAUUUAAUAAACAAGGAAAUACUUUUUGAUGAAAUUUAGUUAAUUUAGAAGUUAAUCGGCUCUUAAAAAGAAUGAAUACAAAGUGUAUUAAAUAAAUUCAGACAUGGAAUAGAUUUUUUGUUCUCGUGUAUGAAAAUUGGUGUUUUUGCUCAAGCCAUUUUUGUUAAGUCAUAUUCAAAUCAGCUGAAAUUUUCCAAGCUCUCGUUUUUUCAAAAUUCAGCAUGUCCCACAUUUUUCAGAAAAUGACUUUCACUGUACUAAUAAAUCACUUUGGACGUUAAUUUAUACAUUUUAAUUAGUGUGAAAAAGAAUCAGUAAAGAAAUAAACAGCAGAAAAAAAAAGAGUUCAAGGUCAGCAAAAUCAGUAUUUUGAAAAUCACCUUUAUAAUUAAGCAGUUUCGACAUUGUUAUGGAUUUUUUUAAUCUUUUUUUUUCACCUUUACUUACUUUUUUUUUUUUUUGCACAAAGGGAGAGACUGCAAAAAUGCACAAUUCUUGCACUAUUGGGAACCCUGAUUUAACACAACUGAAAGUCUUUUGAUUUUUAGGACUUGCCAUAGAUUAGAAAGUUUAUUAGAUUAUUUUUCCUUUUUGCCCCCUCUUUUUUUAAAUAUAUAGUUGGAGUAAUGCAUUCUUUUUUUAACUACCAUUAUAUUUUUCUUUAUUUAACUUAUGUACAUAAUAAUCUCAUUCACACUAUGAGUAGAAAUAAAUUAAAAAUGAAAAGUAUAAUGUAUGGGUAGUUUUAAAUUUUGCAUUACUUCUUUAUUAUUAUUUAAGUUAUCGUUUUAAUAUAACUCUUUAAAAGAUUUCCAAAAUGAACUCUGAAGUCUAUUCAAUUUCUUCUCAUAAUAUUGUAGGUUAAUUUUAAAAUUUUUAAUAAGUCAGUCUAUAUACAGUAGAAUCGCGAAAAUUCGAGGUGAUUGGGGCUCAUGCCACCUCGAAUUACUGAAAACUCGGAUUAACAAAAUAUUCUUCCGGAUGAAAUGAGGUAAAGCACCUUUUACUUCUUGAGACAAUGAAAUCUAAAAAUGUUCUUAACAAAAAAUGUAUCACUCAAUUUUAAACAAUUUUAAGUUUUAAUGAUCCCUAAACAAGUUUUGAUUAGGUUUUUUUUUAAUGAUGUAUAUGAACGUAUCUUUAUGUCAGUAAAUUUGUAGGCAAGCAAAAACUGCAGUCAUACCAAAUCCAUUCUGAUAUGUUUGUUGUGACAUUUGUAUCUGUGAGUGCUUAUGUAUGUUUUUGAAAAUGAUUACCAUAAAAGGUUAAAUUUCAUAUGUAUUAUUUGUGUAGCAUAAAGUUGUUCACACCCCUCUGAUUGCAAGUAGAUAUUCCCAAAGGGCUGCUUUUUUUUUUCUUUGUAGCAAAAAAUUUUUUAAAUUGUAAGCUUUUUUUUUUUUGGUAUCAAGUUUACUAUCUUGAAAGUCUUUUGAUGCAAUGCUAGAUCAAGAUUCUUAGUCAAUUAAUAACCAUAGUAGUUGAUUAAUAUUUCGUGCCACUUGACAAGUGUUGUUGAUGCUUCUACAUCUUUUGUUGGAAAUUAAGGAAGUUCUACAAUAGAAACAUUUCCAUUUGCAGGUUUUAAUGCAAAUAUUUUUUUUUAUCUUUUAAAAUAUACUUUAAAAUAUAAAUGAAGCACCUCAAAUUAAGCGGAACUUCAAACUUUCGAGACUCUACUGUACAGAGUAUACUGAAGAAAAACCCCAAUAAUGAUAUAAAAAUAAAAACUUUGUCUCUAAAGGAAGGACAUCUUAGUCUUUAAAAAGUUAAAUGGCGGGAGGGACUUUUUUGUUUUUCAUAGAUAUUUGAUUAUUAAGAAAACAAUAACAAGUUAUUCAAAACUAUAUUUGGUUAAAAUUUACUUAAAUUGCAAUGUAGCAGAUUAAUGUACAUGCUAUUUUGCAUUUGAGCAUAACUGCAUUUAAAAAUAUUGCGUCAUAUAAAUAAUCAUUAUAGCUCUACAAUAUUUUCUUUAAAUGACUUAAAGAAGUAAAUGAUCUUAGUUGUAGUUGUAUUUUUUAUUAAUGGUUUAUUUAAGAAUUAAAAUUCAUUAACUGUUACUAUUGUCAUGAUAGCUUAAUUUUAGAUGUUUUUAUAUAGUUUUCACAACACUAUAAUAGAAUUUUAUUUUAAAAUAUUCAAACCCGUAACUUAAUUGCUUUACUUAUUGCCGGUACACAACUCCUUUUUUAAACAUUGAGUUGAAAAUUUUGUACUUAAAAUGGUUUGAAUAUAAACCAUGAAUAUUGAAUAUGAAUAUUUUUUUAAUACUGUGAGAAUGUGGAUUUUAUUUGUGAAAUUAAUUUAAUAAAUCUUAAAUAUUUGUACUGA